AAUCAAGGCCGCCCGCUCUCAACCGGGCACAGCCUUCAGUUGUGCUGAGUUUACGGCUCUGAGCGUUGCCUACUCAACUCAAGCCAGGUCGGCUAUCGCAACAUUGUCACGCGGUCAUUUUCGUGUGUUUUGACAGAAAUGCAGAGCUUCUGACCGAUUUUGCUCGAGAUGUUGCUGGAAGCUUUUCAUUUGCUGGUGAGUCUGCACCAUUACACGACUGUGCAUCUGCUGACCGUGAACUACGCAGGAGCGACGGACAGAUACCUCACUGUCAUGAGGGACAUGGGGUUUCGAUACUUCACGGUGUGGAACCUGAUAAUGCAGUGCGUUUACUUCUCGGCCUGCACGGGGGAGCACGCCCUGCGUGCGGUGACGGGGAACGACCUGCCGCUCCUCAGGAGGUGGCAGAAGCUGAGAGAGUCCCUAUUCCAGGCUCUCGUGUUUCCUACGGGACUGGUCGUGUUUUCGCUGUUCUGGACGAUCUACAGCUACGACCGAAGCCUGGUGUACCCUGCGAUCGUAGACGAGUACGUGGCCCCUCACGUGAACCACUUCAUGCACACUGAUGUGGCUGUGGUGGUUGUGCUGGAGAUGUUGCUCAGACCGCAUCAUUACCACCGCAGAGGCAUGCACCUGGGUCUCCUGUUUCUCUACUGCUUCAGCUACCUAACCUGCUAUUUGUACACAUACUGGACCCGCGGCAUAUGGAUCUAUCCGCUCUACUACCACCUCAGCUGGACCCAACAGAUCCUGAUGAACGUCGUGACCACGUUCAUUGUUCCCGGCGUCUGUUACCUGCUGGGAGAGGCGAUCGCCAGUGCACUAUGGGGUGAGACACUCUCCUGUCACGCAAGGGUGGUUUCAAAUGGGAACAACGUAGUUAAUUAA